AUGGACGCUGCAGGGCUUCUCAAANAGCAAGGCUGGCGCGGCCUCGGCCACUCGCUCGACUCCAACAACAAAGGUCUCCGCAAACCGCUUCUCGUCAGCAAGAAAGUCGAUGUGCUAGGAGUUGGAAUCAACAAAGCAGAUGUUAUUCAAGGUCAAUGGUGGUUGAAGGCCUUCGACAGCAGUUUGAAAGAUUUUGGAACUGGCAAGAAGAGUAUACUGGCCAAUGUCAAGGAUCAUGGAAUCAAGAGGGGUGGCUUGUACGGGCGAUUCGUGCAAGGAGAGGGUGUAGCGGGAACGAUAGGUGUUGUUGACCCCAAGGUUGCUGCACUGGCAUCUGCUGUUGGUCCUGCCACGGGUGUGAAGAGGAAGGCUGAGGAUGAUGAGGACGAGGACAAGACGGAAAUGAAGAAGGCGAAAAAGGACAAGAAGGACAAGAAGCGAUCAAAAUCUAUAUCCAAAUCUUCAUCCGAUGAUGAGAAGAAGGCACCUCGUGCUGCAAAGAAAGCUAAAAAGUCAGCGAUUACCGACGAAGAUACAUCCGACGCAGCGACCACCAAGAAGAGCAAGAGCAAGAAGGACAAAUCGCUGGACGGUCUACCCGAAGACAAGUGCAAGCAAUAUGAAGAGCGCGCUGCAGCGAAGGGUGUUACACUGGAACAAUAUUUCACCCAACGACUAGCGAAGAAUCUCGUAGCCAAAGAAGCCCGACGAAGCGGUACAACAACGCCUGCUACCGAGCCAGCGUCCGAAGACUCCGCCAAAGACGACAAAAGAAAGAGAAGAAGAACAAAAGGACAAGAAGUCAUCCAAGAAGUGAGACUGCAAGGGGAACCGAGUGCACAAACACAACCGACGUAG